ACAUGAAAUAUUGGACAUUUUCAAUGGACGAGUUCACUAAAUAUGAUAUAACAAGUGCUAUUGAACAUGUCAUUAGAGUAACUAAUAGUGAGACAAUCGGUUAUAUUGGAUAUUCUUUGGGCACAACAAUGAUGUAUCAAUUGUUGUCAUCAAAACCAAACUAUUCAAAUAUAAUUAAACCAUUUAUAUCUUUGGGUCCAUUUGUAUAUAUAAGCCAUAUAUUAUCACCACUUUUACGAAUCCCUAUGUCUUUGGAGCCAAUCCUUAGUUCAAAUCCGAAGCCAUUGGCCAGAUUGGGUUCGCUCUCACCAUUAAUUGGUCGGUAUUUUUGUGGAUUUGCAAUGUUUAAAGAGAUAUGUGUGAUAUUUGGUUUCCUGUUUGGCGGUUUUGAUUAUCCACAACUCAAUCGAACACAAACUCCCCGAUUGUUUGCACACUUUCCUGACAGCAGCUCAACGAUAGCCGUAUCGCAUGUCAUCCAACGAAUAAUGAAUGAAAACUUUUCCUAUUUUUCGUAUAACUCGUCAGAAAUGAAUCAAAGAGUUUAUGGACAACAAACGGCUCCCAAUUAUAAUAUUUCUAGUAUUGACUCCAAAUAUAUUGUAAUAAUGAAUGGUUUGAACGAUUGGAUCGCAGAUCCCACUGAUGUCGAUAUACUCGUCGAUCAAUUAACAGUACCAAUUGUAAGACAUGUGAUUCCGUACGAGCAUUGGACACACGGAGACUUUGUGUUUGCCAGAGAAGUGGGCAAAUAUAUAAACGCCCCCAUACUUGGGGUACUUCACUCACUCGGAUUUGGGCGAAUGCUGAGAGUUUGGCUUAAUUUAUCGACCGAUUCCUUUGCCAGCCUUUGCGACGGCCUUUUUGGCCGCAAAUUUAGCGCCGACUGCACCGCCUUUCUUACCGGCGGCUUUGGCCGCAGCGAAACCUUUCUUAACACCUUUGGCCCCUCCGGCAGCGGCCGCUCCCUUCUUACCCGCUAUUUGUGUCAAAACAAAUCAAAU